AUGCACUUCUACCACGUCGUGCUGCUCACGCUUCUCGCAGUCGCUGCUAUUAGCAUCGAUGCUCUUGCAUCUGCGGAGGUUUCCAAGCUAGCGGCUAUCAAAAUCACACCUACCAUUCGCUACAACGAUGGAAAACUGCUGCGAAGACUUAAUAUGGGAUACAACGGCCUUGACACCGAGGAUAGAGAGAUAUCCUCGCUCAUCAGGCAGGCGCAAGUAUAUUACUGGACAAAAAUGGGGAAGUCGAAAGACUAUGUCAAGGAGGCGCUUGGACUGAAGGGGCUGAAAGGAACUGAGCUGAAGAAGAAUCCGAAAUACAAGUACUACGAGGAGUUUAAAAUUAACUCAAGACGUCCCAUGGCUGUGGACAACUUAGAAACGCGCCAGGUAAAGAAGUGGCUAUACGAUGAGGUCCCACCGCAGGGGGCCUGGUCAGAGUUGGGGUUGAAUGCAAUCCCUGCCAAGCAACUCAUGAAUAAUGCUGAGUACAGGAUGUACCUGCGAUAUGCGACCGAGUUUGACUAUCAAUUUUUCCAGCGUGUCAAGAAGAGCGACAAGCUCACAAAUAUCACCCCCAGCCCAUCUCCAGCAGAAAUGGAGGCAAGAAUUCGAAUUUGGAUCAAAGCAAAGCGACCGAAUUGGUACGUUGAAAAACUGCUUGGGGUGGAGAACAAUAGUCGAGCCAAGGAGUUAAGUCGAGAGUAUCAACUCUUUUUGAAGCUGCAAGAGGCCCAGAAAUAG